AUGAAGCAGAAAUAUAUGGGCAUGUUCAGCUGCCUGUUGGGUCAAUGGCGAGAUCACGUUCAAGUUGAGUUGGUCAUUGCUGGUUUUGAGGGCUUCCUCAUAGGCAAGGUCAACCUCUGCGCAUUCUUUGACCACUUUGGUGGUAUCAACUUGGGCUUGUCCGUCUACGUUUCACAUAAUGACGAAUUCGUUCCAAUCAAUAUGGCUCAACUCCGGGCUGACUAG